AUGCCUGUGCUUAAGCUGAUACAAAGCGUUCCUACUCGUUGGAACUCUACAUUCGAUAUGCUUGAACGCCUCUUAAAGAAUAGACGUCCCGUGGAAAGUGUCCUCGCCGACAAAUCUGUAACCAAAUCAAAAGUCGCUCAGAAUCUGGAAAUCUCAGAAUACGAAUGGCAUAUUAUGGAGAAUUUGGUCAAUGUGCUCAAGCCCUUACAGGUAGCAACUACGGUACUAUGUGCUAAUAAUUCGCCCUUCUCGAUAGUUCGUCCAAUCGUCCGUUCACUGUUGGAGAAUCAUCUAAAUCAUAAUGUAUUGAACGAUGAUUUGCUCAGCAAAUUCAAAGAAGUGAUAUGCCAGGAACUCAGUACGCGGUUCGAUAUGGAUUGGAAUGAAAAUUCAACUGUCACUGCACGACAAAUCGGUUCAUUCUUUGAUCCGAGGUACAAAGAUUUAUGCGCCGAAGAAGUAGAAGCAAAAGAGGCCGUGAAAGUCACAGUUCGUACGAUGCUUAACGAUGGGCUCGAUUUUGUUGAGAACACUGAAAAGCCAGAAAAGAGCGCUCUGAAUUUUCUUUUUCAAACGCAACCAAAUCAAUAUACUACACAAGCCCAAUUCGCACGGUACAUUGCAGAACCACAGAUAAAUCACAACGCGAACCCCUUUGAAUGGUGGAAAAUAAAUGAGAAGAAGUUUCCAGCAUUGGCACCACUCGCGAAGAAAUAUCUCAGUAUACCAGCAUCAUCUGCUGGAUCUGAAAGGGUGUUUUCUACAUGUGGAAACAUUAUAACUCCAAAAAGAUGUUGUCUUGAUCCUGCCAAUGUCAAUAUUCUUGUUUUCCUUUUUCAAAAUCGGAACUUACUUUCCGAUAAAUAACUUAUUUAUUUAAAACUGUAAAACAUGUUUA